GGGCGCGGCUGGCGGGCCCCGGGGGGGCGCGGCGGGGCGGGAGCGGCGAGAGUCUGCCUGACCCGGGUGGGUUCCGGCAUCUUGACCCACGUUUGGUCAGGUCACUCUCCUGAGUGACACCGCCGUGGCGUCAGAGGAGCUGUCUUUCGGCCUGUGCGGCGGGAAACGCGGUGGCCUCAACGUCCUAAGAGUCAUCCAGCCUGCUUUGGAUUUCUCCUGGUUUGGAUUAUACUUUUGUCAGUGAAAGGAAAUGGACUAGUAACUUGCAAGUUUUCUGGUCAAAGUAAAGAAGCAGUCCUUCCACUCCUCUUUGAAGAAUUUAACCUUGCUUUGUGGGAAGUCCCUGUAAUGGUACCUUCCCUGAGAAGCUGAAAUCCACUAAUCACCGUUCUUCAAAAUGCAAUGGAAUGUAUCAAGGUCUAUAUUCCGACUGGCACAUAGGACAUGCAUGGAACCACACUGUCAAAACAUAAAGGGACAAUUACUUUUGUAUAAAGCUGAAUCCAGAGUAGUUUUGGUACAGGGCCCUCAAAAACAAUGGCUGCACUUAUCAGCUGUCCAAUGUGUUGCAAAGGAAAAGAAGCCAUUUACUGCUCAUCCACCCCAACCGGGGGUCCUUCACCAUCAACAGUGGGAGCAAGAUAUUUUAUCCAAGAGGGUUAUAUCAUCCAAUGCCACAUCCCCAGGAACUCCUUCGGAAAGAAAGGAAGAGCCUGAUCCUUUACAAGACAAAUCUAUUAGUCUUUAUCAGCGAUUUAAGAAAACAUUUAGACAAUAUGGAAAAGUUUUGAUUCCAGUACAUCUAAUAACUUCUGGUGUUUGGUUUGGAACAUUUUAUUAUGCAGCCAUAAAAGGAGUGAAUGUCGUUCCUUUUCUAGAACUCAUUGGGUUACCUGACAGUGUAGUAAACAUUCUGAAAAAUUCCCAGAGUGGAAAUGCCCUAACAGCAUAUGCCUUGUUUAAGAUCGCAACACCUGCCCGAUAUACCGUGACUUUGGGAGGAACCUCCUUUACUGUGAAGUAUUUGCGUAGUCGGGGCUACAUGUCAACACCACCUCCUGUUAAGGAGUAUCUGCAGGACAGGAUGGAAGAGACCAAGGAGCUUCUCACAGAGAAAAUGGAAGAAACAAAGGAUAGACUCACUGAAAAAUUACAGGAAACCAAAGAAAAAGUUUCUUUUAAGAAAAAAGUGGAAUAGGGUGCCUUAUAUAACAAGUGACAGACAAUUUCUGCACUUUAACCCUUUGGAGACUGCGCAAAGAUACAUGUUCCUGAUUAUUUUUUUGAUUAGCUGCCAAAAUAUACCAGUUCUCUGAGGGUUAAAGACUUAAGAUACCUUUUUAAGGUUAAAUAUUACUAAAAAAAAUCAGUGUUCUUUUGGGAAAAAAAAAAUGAACCCAGGUUAGAAUGAACAUCAAUACCAUUAAGCAGUGGUUAAUGUCUAAUAAGUCAGAUCUCUUUUUCAGGGUCUUCAGAAUCAUAUUUGCUUUGUGUUUUGUUGCAACUAUAAUAUAUGCAAUUGGGGCAGUUGACUCCUUGAAUACCUGAUGUGGCCCUAGACAGGAUGUUAACACUGGGUUUUCAUCUUUAUGUUAUACAUUGAGCUUUUAACUAUAUUCAUUUCUCAAUGUGGAGACAAAACAAUUAUCAAAACUGCUAGUGAAUAAGAGGAUGUUUAGUGUUUCUGUAAACACAGUAUAUAACAGUUACACACCAGUUAAAAUAUACACUUAAGGAAGUUGAAUAAAAAUGGAGUCAUACAUGUGUAAAUAAGAUGUAUUGGUUAUAUGUAAAUGAAAAAUUGAACCUUUGAAAAUGAUUUUUACCUGAAGCUUGUCAUAAUCAAAUUUUUUAAAACAAAUAUAUAUGGCCAUAUACACACCUAGAGCAUAAA